AGCAACUGGAUCGUGUUGAGGAGGGCAUGGACCAAAUCAACAAAGACAUGAAACAAGCCGAGAAAAAUCUACAAGGACUUGAAAAAUGUUGUGGAUUAUGUGUGUGCCCGUGGAAUAAAGCAAAAAACUUUGAAAAAGGUGGCGAAUACAAGAAAACAUGGGGGUCGAAUGAAGAUGGAAAAGUGGUGAAUAAUCAACCAGCGAGAAUUCAAGACCCGCGAGAAAUGGCUCAAGUCAGCGGUGGUUAUGUAACAAGAGUCACGAACGACGCACGUGAAGAUGAAAUGGAAGAAAACUUAACGCAAGUAGCUGGUGUGAUUGGAAACCUCAAACACAUGGCUAUUGACAUGGGAAAUGAAAUCAGUGCACAGAACCAACAAAUUGACCGAAUUAACACCAAGGCCGACUCCAACAAUGCCAGGAUAGACCAAGCUAAUGAAAGAGCCACCAAGAUUCUCAAAGCUUAAAACUGAGUUGGUAUUAUCAAUAUUAUUCUAUUUAUUCCAUAAACUUUAAAGUGAAAAUAUGAUGGGGUCUAAACUAACCAUGACACUUCAAAAUUAUGGCCACACGACUGCUGUGGCCCUCAUGUGUAUAAUUGUGUUUCCGCUCGCUUACGUGUCACCGCAACAACACACAUGAAGUAUUUAUGCCUCAUUUGCAUAUUUCAUGCCUCACAGAAGAUUUUUAAGCGGCACUGCUUAACAGCCAUGAAGACACACUAUAUUGAUUCUUAAAUCUUAUUUUUUCAAAAAAAAAAUUUUUAUUAAAAAUUUCCAAAUUUUCCUCUGGAUUUGAUGUUUACAUUCCCGUAGAAAGUCCUGCAAACUUGGCAGAUAAAUUCUGAUUCAAUUUCUAUUGAUCAAACGAAUCAAUAGCUUUUAAUUUAAAUAAUAUGAAUCGAAUUUUAACAUGACCCUGUCUCAUUAUGUCCCAGUGCUUUCUGUGUGAAAAUAAUGGUUUAAAUUUGUGCAUAAAAUAUUAUUUUCCCCUAAACAAUUAACAAAUCCAAAAAUCUCUUCUGGAAAAUUUUAUUCAGGGUGUUUUCUUAAGGUUUUACCCUGCUAAAAACGACCUGUAUAGGGCAUUAAAACAUCAUUAUAAAAAAUACCAGAUAUUUGGAUAUUAUGUGCUAAAGAUAUCCCGACUUCCCCCACCCUUUAUAUUUAGCUUUUUGCCAAGCUGAACUGAUUACUGUUGUUUCGUUUUGUGAGUAUAAUACUGCACAUGCACCCUUAUCUAAUCUAUAUUUUAUUGAUCCUAUUACACUAAUUUUAGUCACGACUCCAACGUGUCGUCGUUCAUGUUAUAUUCCAUCAUUCCUACUGCAAUAUUCCCUUACGAUUUGCAAUUGUUUUAUUUUUGUGUUUUCGUCGCUACUUCUAGGUGGCCAUGUAGUCUGUAAUAUAACUCGUGUACGGCAGAUUUGUCGAUCUUCAACUAAAAAUACAUAUAACUCUCACAAAA